CGGCCCCUCCUCCCUCGCCCCCUGGUGUCGGUGGUGGGUGCGCGCAGCCUGGCGUGACAGUCGGGCACGUGUGACACCGGGCAGCUGCCUUCACGCUGUGGUGUGCGGCCCGCACUGUCCCGAUGUCCCUGAGGCUGUGCUGUCCGCCGGCGGGGCGCGUGGGGAGCGGGUUUCCGGCUCCCGCCCGCCCCGGUGAGUCAGCGCGUCACGGGCACCUGUUUGGCUGCUGACAAGUAAACACACGCACGUGCUCGGCUGUCUCCUGGCGGCUUAUUUCUAAGGUGUCCGUUCCCUGAAGAGCCGCCGUGGGUGGGUCAGGCUUAGGGGCCACUUCACGCUGCCCACCUGCCCCGCGUGGGAAAGGCUCAUCUCGGCUUUGGGCUUUGCCUUAAGUCGUCCUGCCCGGCUGUUAGCGAGGCGCCUGGGGGACCGAGCAGAACGGCUCCUCUCCAUGACUCCGGCCAGCUCCCUGCAGCCGGUGCGACCAUUGCUGUCCCCUCGCUCCCUCACCCGGCAGCAUGCCAACCCCGAGAUGCGUGGACACCGGCGCCCCCAGGACCCCCCCGGGGAUGGCUGGCCCCUGUGGUGGCCGUGGGCUCACCCCUGUGCACCACCCACUUAUGGCGGCGCUCUCGCUGCCUUUCAGCUCCCGGUUCUCCUGAAGGGAACGUCGGACGACGACGCGCCGUGUCCCGGCUACCUGUUCGAGGAGAUCGCCAAAAUCUCGCACGAGUCGCUGGGCAGCAGCCAGUGCCUACUGGAGUACCUCCUGAACCGGCUGCACAGCGGCUCCGGCCGCGUGAAGCUCAAGGUGCUGAAGAUCAUGCUGCACCUGUGUGCCCACGGCUCCUCCUCCUUCCUGCUCAUCCUCAAGCGCAACCCAGCCUUCAUCCAGGAAGCGGCAGGGUUCACGGGGCCCCCGGACCCUCUCCACGGGAACAGCUUGUACCAGCAAGUGCGGGCGGCCGCCCAGGACUUGGGGAGCACCUUGUUCUCGGACACCUUGUCCCCUCCUCCCCCCUCCCAGCCUCCCAGGGCCCUGCCUCCCGCAGGCAUGGGCUCCCAGUCCCGGCCCCAGGGCGCCCUCCAGGGCUUCGGCUACAGCAAGGAGCACGGUCCCACGGGCUCCACGGGGGAAGCCUUCCUUGCCACCCUCCAGAAGGCCGCAGAGGUCGUGGCCAGCGCCGUGUGCCCUGGGCCCGAGGGCCCCGGCUCCCAGGGGCCCCUGCUGCAGGGGGACGCCUACCAGCCUGCUGUGACGCCUUCCGCCAGCCACGGCCACCUCGCCCCUGCGAACCCACCCCCUGGAGCCCUGCCGGGGGCCCGAGCUACAAGACACCAGCCGGGGCAGGCGGGCGGGGGCUGGGACGAGCAGGACAGCAGCCCUGGCUCCCAGGGCUCUUGCCAGGACAACGGCCAGAGCAGGGCCUCAGGCUCCGGCACUUGGUCGGGCAGUGACAGCCCCUCGGGGGCCAGCGGGGUGCCCGGCGACCUGGCUGAGAGGGUGGAGGCCGUGACCCUGAGCGACUGCCAGCAGGAGCUGAGCCUGGUCCAGAUGGUGACACAGGGGCCACGUCCCUUCCUGAGCCAAGAGGAGGCUCAACGCUUUGUCAAAGAGUGUGGGCUGCUCAACUGCGAGGCGGUGCUGGAGCUGCUGACCCGCCGCCUGGGCAGGUCCGGCGAGUGCGCGCAGAUGAGAGCCCUGGGCGCCAUCGCUGCCCUGGGGUGCACGGACCUGCUCGCCCAGGAGCACAUGCUGCUCCUCGCCCGGCCGUGCCUGCGGGAGCUCAGCGCCGGCAGCCCCGGGCCCGUGACCAGCAAGGCCACCAAGAUCCUGAGGCAUUUAGAAGCCUCCUGCCGACAGCACGCCGCUGCCCGGAGGCCACAGGCCGAGCCCAACCCCGCAACCACGCGUGUGGGCGCGUCUGACCUGCUGACAGACGCUGUGCCUUUCGCCGGGGGCCCUGCGUCUCUCCAGCCUCUGAGUUCCACCCUGCUCUCCCCCAGGGGCCCUGCAGCCCCUCCCGCCCUGGGUGGGUACCCCCUCCCAGGCCUCGGGGACGCCAGGAAGGCCGAGCCCAGACCCGAGCAGGGCCAGUUGGGCUCGGACGCUCCCAAUGGAGGACCUGAAUCGGGCCCAUACCCCAGCGGCUGCCUGAGGGGCCCGGGGGCCAGCAGCGGCCACAAGUCCUUGUUUGCUGGCAUGCAGCUGGUGGCCUGCCCCCGCCUGGUGGAGGCUGGGACUGGUACCCAGGAGCCCCCGCAGCCCCCUUGGACGUUGUCACACAGCGUGGCAGCCCCAGAGUCUCCUGGCUCAGAGCCAUCAGCUUUUGCCUUCUUGAACUCAUGACCUGGACAGUGACUGCACACGGUCCCCUCCGCCCUCAGCCCUGGUGUCUGUGUCGGCCUCUCCCUCUCACCCUGAGGCCUUGGUGCGGGGAGCAGCCCAGCCAGGUGAGCGCAGCAUGGACUAGCCUCCAGGAAUGAGAGCAGGAGCCACGAGCUAGCCAGAACCGCGUGGAGGCGGGGGAAGCAGCUGGCAGGACUCGCAGGGUGGCGGGCGCACAGAGCCCCUCGAUGUCUGCAGGCCCAGGGGCUGAGCUCUGGUGAAGGUUGGCAGCCGGCGGGCCCUGGGCUGCUGGGCCUCCUGCCUCGGCGCCCCCUGAGCACACUGUCCGGCUGCGCGGUCCCAUCUGCAGAUGCCGUGGGGCCCCUCGGGGCAGAGGGUCCCGCAGUCUCCCUGAGGGCGGGGAAGGAGGGGGCGCUGGUGAUUGAGCUCAGAGCCCCCUCGAGCUGUCUCAUGGGGGCAUGUGUCAGGAGGGGGCCAGGUGCAGACAGCCCGACUAGGAGAGGGGAACCUGGGCUGCCUCGGUUCUCCCCCUCCUCCCAGAGGCUGGUUCUCUGGCCUUGAACUCCUGUGGCCGCAGGGAACCCCACCUGCCUCGCUCUCGGAAACGGGUAGUGUGGAUUUGGAACCUGCUUGGAUCUCUGUAUUUGGGCUCAGGGCCCUCCCUCUGCAGGAGGCCACGGGCAGCCGCACACCGGCCCUGCCCAGGCCAGCUCCCUGUGUGACUCCUGUGGGCACCCUCUGCAGGGGCUGCUUCCUGCAGGCUGCAGGGCGGCCUCUCAGGGCAACUCCAGGACCUUCCUAAAUAAACCGGUCACCUUAC